AUGUCACACGUCGUACCUUUUACUAUAUCCAUCACGGAUGAGACACUUUCGCGUCUACAAAAGAAGCUGGCCCUGACCGAUUUCCCCGAGGAGUGCGCUGAUGCUGUCGAUUGGUGCCACGGGUCCCCAUUGUCAGACGUUCAGCGUCUUGCUUCUCGCUGGAGCAAUGGAUUCGAUUGGCGAACAGUUGAGGCAGAUCUAAACAGAUUCAGUCAAUACACCACACAGGUGGAGAUCGAGGGUUUCGAACGACAGGACGUGCACUUCAUCCAUCAGCGCAGUGAAGUUCAGAGCGCAAUUCCACUCCUCUUCAUUCAUGGGUGGCCCGGAAGCUUCGUCGAGGUUACUCGCAUCCUACCUCGGCUUGUCCAAGGCGGCGUGGAGUUUCCGGCGUUCCAUGUUGUCGCGCCCAGUCUCGUUGGCUUCGGUUUCUCGUCUGCCUCUAAGCGCAAGGAUUUUGGCAUAGCUCAGCAAGCCGAAGCUUUGCACAAGGUCAUGCUUGCUUUGGGAUACGUUGAAUACGUCGUCCAAGCAGGUGACCUGGGAUAUCUUGUUGCCCGCUUCCUCGCCCUCCGAUACCCCGAGCACGUCAAAGCGCACCACAUAAAUAACGCAGCACCGGCUGAACCAACUGUCGAGUCCCAUCCCGAGCUCCAUGCAAAAUUGGGUAGCUCAGAUCUCAGCUCCAGCGAGCUGGAAGGGCUUAGUCGUACUGAAUGGUUUUCCAAGGAAGGGAAUGGUUACUACAGGAAGCAGGCCACCAAGCCUCAGACUGUGGGAUACUUCAUGGCAGACAGUCCCGUCGGGCUGCUUGCUUGGCUGCUCGAAGCACUGCACGACUGGGUGGAUGGCUACGAAUGGACGGACGAUGAGAUCUUGACCUGGAUCAGCAUCUAUUACUUUUCGCGUGCUGGGCCCGCAGCGACCAGUUAUAUUUACUAUGCUAUGGAGCAUGCCGAUGUCUCUCCAUUCGUCUUUGCUCAGACCUACUCGGAUGUACCUUUGGGUAUCUCAAGGUUUCCGAAGGACCUCAUUCUACUGCCAAAGCUGUGGAAUCAUACUUUGGGACCGGUCGUGUUUGAGAAAGAACACGAAAAGGGUGGUCACUUCGCAGCAUGGGAGAACCCAGACGCUGUUGUUGACGACUUGCGUGUCAUGUUUGGGAAGAAGGGUGGCGCUUUUGGCGUUGUCGUUGGGAAGUCUGGAUACAACACGGAAUGA